AUGGCUCUCAAAAAGAUGAUGAGUUGUUAUGGUGUGUUACUUCUUUUGAUUGUUGUUGAUAUUAAUGGAGUUUGGAGCAUUUCAAGAGAAGAAGAUCUUGAGCUAGAAAGACAACUCAAGAUUUUAAAUAAGCCUGGUGUUAAGACCAUUAAAACAGACAAUGGUGAAAUUUUUAAUUGCGUGGACAUUCACAAACAGCCAUCAUUGGAUCAUCCUUUGCUUAAAAAUCAUGAAGUUCAGGUAGUUAUUACGUUGAUAUUCAAAAAAGGAGUCACCAUCGGUACUGGGCAAAGGUCUGCAAAGAUACAUACAAAUGACAUGUUAGUUCCAAAGUUCUAUGGAAUCGAAAGCUACUUGAAUAUAUACAAUCCUACACUUUCGUCACCGGACCAAGCUAGUACUACUUUAAUUUAUCUCGCUGGUGGAGUUGAUGACUGUGACAUAUCUGUGGGAUGGACAGUGUAUGAGCCAAGAUAUGGUGACAACAAAACUCGCUUGUUUACAUAUUGGACCGCAGAUGGUGGUGCGACAACCGGUUGCUAUGAUCUUCUUUGUCCAGGGUUUAUCCUAACUAACCCUGACUUUCCACUGGGCUUUGCACUUCCCUCUUCUACCUACCGUGGCGCCCAGUAUGAUCUUAAAAUGAGUGUAUCCAAGGAUCCAAAAACAGGUCAUUGGUGGUUAUUUGUAGCUGACAUAGAGUUCGGGUACUGGCCUAAACAACUGUUUGGUUUCUUUGGGGUUGCCAGAGAGCUAUAUUGGGGAGGAGAAGUAUUCAGCCCAAGCCAACCUUUCCCCCCCAUGGGCAGUGGCCAUUUUCCAGAGGAAGGAGCGGGUGCCGCGUGCUUUAUGAGGGCGCUUAAGUAUAAAUACGAGGAUGGAGGGGCUUUUGUAGAUAUUCUAGAUGAGGGCAUGUCUGUUCGUGCGGACAAUCCUGAGUGUUAUAAAGUUGGUCCUCUCAGUAAUCGUGGUGGUUUUUGGGGUUAUACAUUUUUGUUUGGAGGGCCUGGUGGACAGUGUUAG